AUGCAGACUGCUUCUACAAACAUUUGUGAAAGAAUGGGUCACUCUCAGGAGCUCAGUAAAUUCAAGUGUGGUACAGUGACAGGUUGCCACCUGUGCAAUAAGUCCAUCUGUGAAAUUUCCUUGCUACUAAAUAUUCCACAGUCAACUGUUAGUGGUAUUAUAAGAAAGUGGAAGCAACUGGGAACAACAGCAACUCAGCCACUAAGUGGUAGGCCACGGAAAAUGCUAGAGCGGGGGCAGCACAUGGUGAAGCGUACAGUACGCAGAAGUCACCAACUGUCUGCAAAGGCACCUAGUUCCAGUGAAGGGAACUCUUAAGGCGUGACAAUUUCAUGUUCCCAACUUUGUGGGAACAGUUUGGGGAUGUCCCCUUCCUGUUCCAACAUGACUAAGCACCAGUG